GGAUCCUGUUGAAUAUUUCUGCCCAGGUAUCAUUUCCUGCUGUGAGUAUGUUAGUAGCUUACCAUAACAAUAUCAGUGUUUUUUUGUUUUGUUUUUUUACUGACUACAUCAAGUUUGCUUAGCCACACCAUCACCUGCAGUGUGUUCCAUGUAUAUGAUUGCUUUCAGCUGAAAGGUGGUACUCCGAGAAUAAUAAUGGGAAUACAAUAAUGUUAUAUUUAUUACUCUGCAUAAAAUAGUGUCACAAGUAAAACAAAGCAAUUUUCAUUUACUUGCAAACAAGUAGAUACACUAGAUACAAAUCCUUUGGUCCAAAUCAGAAGAGUUAUCAAGGCUCAUCUUCCCAUAUAUUUCACCAACUGAAUUAUUCAAUUAUCAUUUUUAACUCCAUAUGAAAAAAACUAAACUUACUAAUUACAGUUUGUGUGGUUUGUGUGUUACGGUCCUGCACAAAACCAUCACACAGUUCAGUGGCCACAUCUCUUACAAUGGUUCACAGCCAUGACCGGGGGUUAAAAUGUAGGAAUGCAUUCCUUUUUAUUAGUGUACCAAAUGCUUUGGGAAACGAGUGGAAACGGAAAAUUACAACUGUCACGGUGGGGAAUUAAAUGAUGAAAUGCCACUUGAUUGUUUAAAUGAACUGUUCUCCGUCAUGUGUUGAAGUUCCAUUAAAUAAUAAUAAUGAAAAAAAAAAAAAAAAAAAAAGAUGCGUGCGGGGCGGGAACACAUCCGGGCAUUUGGACUGUACUUGAUCUGAACUGUGCUCGGGCAGAGACUGGUGACGUCUCCGAUGAAGUCCACCAGAACAGACCAGAACGAACGCGAGCAGAACAGCCGGCUUGUUUUUAUUUUAUUGUGGGGGGUGGCAGACACGAGACGCUGCGGCGUGUCCACGAGCCUUUCUCCGGGGAGGAAAACAUGGGGAAGUCGCGAGAUUUGAGCGAGUUCGAGCGGGGCAUGAUAGUGGGAGCCCGCAGCGCCGGGUGCAGCAUCUCGCAGACCGUGAACAUGUUAGGAUUUUCAAAGACGGCGGUGUCUCGAGUUUUCAGGGAAUGGUGCGAGAAACAGAAAACGUCCAGUCGACGGGAGCUGAGCGGGAGAAAGCGCCUCGUCGACGAGGCCGGCGAGAAGAUGCUGGAGAGGAUAAUGGAGGCGAACAACCAGGCUACGGAUGUGCAGAUCCAGGCCAUGUACAACAGCAGCGGACCGGAGAAGCCCAUCUCGCUCAGAACCACCCAGCGGACCCUCAAGAGGCUGGGCUACAGCCGCAAGAUGCAGCGGCAGGACGUGCUGGUCGCGGCUGGGCUGCAGGCUUUAGCCGUGUACUCAUGUCCACAGCAGCUGGAGACUCCCACUGACUCUGCGUGCGGGAAACAAACUGACCUCAAGAACGAGUCUCCCACGGAUACCACUAGCAGUAACGAGAAUGACAAAAAGGAUGUAGAAGCAGUAACCUAAUUUUUUUUUUCAACAUGGCGGCUCCACUCCCAAGAUGGCGAACUGUGCAGAAGUUCUUUUUUUUAUAUAUAUUUUUUAUUUAAGCACUACAUUGUCUUGCAAAAGAAAAAAAAAACGUAGGGAGCACCUCAGCCAGGAAAAUGACUACGAAAACGGAAGAAGACAGAGUGACAGCACAGACAACAAUACAAAAGAAAAUACGUUUAAACAAGCAACUAAAAAAAAAGUGACAGCACUCCAUGUUCAAAUAAAGCUUAUAAGAGCAACGAACGGGACAUUAAAGGAGUGGACUGGCUUUUCUUUCCCACACUUUUAGCUAUGAAAAAUGAACAGCAAAAUUGAUUGUGAAUAAAUACAUUGAAGGUGGGGGUGAGACCUACCACUUACACCUGCCUACAUAUGUUGUGCUGAAAUCCAGUUUCUCAAUGAGUAUGAGAAACACACCGUUUGGGGAAGAAAAAAAUAAAGUGGUUUAUAGUUUCAACUUUUACAGAAGAAAAGGUGCAUGCAUUCACUUCAUAACCAAAUGUUUUGUGGAAGACAUCAUUAGUGGUAUAUUUAAAUAUUAUUUUAUCUCCAGGUCAACAGAAUAUUUAAGAAACAAAGGAAAAGAUUUCAUUGUCAAGGUGUUUACUGCGGCACCAGUGUAGUAUGUCAUUUUGGUUCAAAAACAAGCUCACGUUUCUGUUACAGUAUUGAUCUAAAGACUUGUGUUAUGUGGUGGUGAUAUUCCAAGGAAAAGGCAUUUUACCAUAAAUAUUUUACCAAAAAGCAAUGCUUAAUUGGUGACGUGAAAAAGCUCUAGUUGUUAAACUGUUAGGAAUAUGGUGGCAUAUACUCUCACUUACCAAAAAAAAAAGAAAGAAAA